AUGGAUAACACGGAUGCUAUGGAAAGCAUCAAGACAGCAAUGUCUGAGCUGGAGAUCGUCAACCUUCUUUCAAAGUACGAAGGUCCCAAACUUACCUUCGGUCUCGAAAUGGAGCUCGACUUUGCGAUCGACAGAAAAUCGUACUUCGACUGGUUGGACACCAACCCAUCAAUCAAUCCAAUGCCCGCUAUAGUAGAUAGCUACUACAAUCAGGAAACCAGGAAAACCGAUCACUGGGUCGCCGCAAGGAACCUGUACAACACUCGCGUGGCGACGGGUUUACAACAGCCCUCACCAACAUUCAGCGAGACGAGCCGGAAUUCGCAUUCGACCAGUUCUUACAAAUCGGAUAAUCUCCGCCAUAACUUACUACAUUAUUUUGUUGCAUUCCUUAAUCGUGAAUUACCAAGUUCAAAGCCAGGGAAGCUGUUGAUUGGUGACGUGCCUUGGGGCGGAAAGCCGAAGACUGCUGCGGCGAACACCUGGACUUUGGUCGCUGAUGAUAGUCUCAUACCGAGUCGGGAGACAUAUGGGACGACUUUUGAUCCACAACAGUCAUACAAAACUAUGAGAAAAUACUACAGAUGCGUAGGUGCAGAGCUGGUGUCCAAAGUGUAUGAUUAUGACAAACUUGAUUCGGAAGUUCUUCCAGCAUUGAGAGAAUUGCACGACGAGCUUCAACCGGACUAUGAACACGGGGUGUGGUUCACGGAAGAGGAGCACUUGCAUGUACAUUUCGCGCUGAAAGACGAGGAAGUCAGCCUGGAGCUGGCUCAGACGUUGUGCGUACUCUACGGUUUGUUCGAGAACCAGAUCGAGACAUUCGUGCAGAGCCAUAUGCGAGAGUCAUCGUGGUGCGUGCGGCUAAGAGAGGGAAUGAGCAAGAGGAGGUUUUGGAUUGCAGAAGUACCCAGAACGGGGAACAUAGAUCUUGGCUUGGCAGCAGAAGGGAGGUACACACCCAGAGGAUUCGCCGACGCAAUCUAUGCGACCAAGUCCUUGGAAGACCUCAGGUCGCAGAUCAGCGGCUACUCUGCAGGGGAAGAGAUAAAUGGAAACAUUAUCAAACGUUUCAUGAACACGGGAGUCCGCAACUGGGUUGCUUUGAACGUCUCGAUGUCCAGACUCAACAAACCGACGACUUUUGAGUUUCGUCAACACCAUGGCGUAACACAGCCGGUAAUUAUAAAGUACUGGGUAGAGUUCUGUGGGCAUAUGGUGACAUUCGCACAUCUGCUCGUGAAGUCCGGGAUCAAACUUCAAGACCCGAAAGAAAAGGGUCCAGAUGGCAAAGAGAUGAAAUUGCCACUACUUGAAGAAUAUGUCAAGAAAGAUAUUCUGGAUGUUAUCGCAAUGUCGGACAGGGCAAAAGAGCACUUCCAGUAUCAGGCUGACCGUUACCACGAUGCUGCAAAUACAGCCAAGCGAUCUAUGGAGGAGUACAUGAUCAAGAAGAGAAUAGAGAGGAGCAAGCUAGGAGACGAUGUUGACAUAUUCAUGGAUGAUAUGAUCAUGUCUAAGCCGGAGUACACCAAAAUGGCAAAAGCCACCCUAGACCACCCACCUUUGAGGCGUGAAGUACAGAUGUCUGAUAAAGAAAAAUGGGGCGUAGAAAGCGUUGGAGGUACGAUCAAAGACAUGAUAUACGGUAAGAAACUGUAG